UUCAUAUUGUCAACAUCCACACCUCCCCAAAGACUUACUCACAAUGGAAGAAUACCGAAAGAUAAAGAAUGCAAUCCGGAAAGGAGACCUGAAUGACCUCUCAACAUACAUAUAGACAAACCAGUUAACUGAUCAGGAGAUUAUCUCCUCCAUGUACUCACUGCAUCCAAGAAGACCGACCUUGUAAUCAAAUUAGUUCACAUUGGUGAGGCCUGAGCGCCUGCUGGAAGCAAGAAACCAGUUAAAGGACACCGCCCUACAUGUGGCAGCGGCGACUGGGGACCUCCAUGCUGCCAGAGAGAUGAUCUUGAAAAACAAGGAGCUCCUCAGUAUCACAAACAGUAAGCUAGAGAUACCACUCCACAAAGCGGCUCUCUUUGGCAAGAAGCAUGUAUUUUGGGAGCUCGUCUACCAUGGCCGCCAAUUUGUGAAUGCUAGAAGGGAGGAUGGCUCCAAUGUUCUUCACUGUGCUAUCAUGGGCAAUAAUGCUGAGCUUGCUUUGGAGAUAGCACAACAGUUUUCAGAUUUGAUAUUUGAAAGGAAUUUCAGAGCAGUAACUCCGCUGCACCUGAUUGUUACCAUCCCACAAGCCUUCCGGAGUGCCACACAGUUGGGGUUUGUGGAAUCACUUAUCUACGCAUGUUAG